GCAAACGAAAUGCAUCCUUACUCCUUCGCAAGAUAUCGAUCCUGCGCUCAACCGAGCUUCCUGCAAUUAUAGACGGUUAUAACGAUAUUUUAAUAAUCACGUGCGUAAAAGUAUUGUGAUAUUAGUUAUUACAGCAUUAUUAGUUAAACAUGGAUAUCGGUGUCUCGGAAUUUAACCCAAAUCCUCCUGCAAAAGGAAUACGGCCCAUGGUUGACCCCGAUGCUCAGGGGGAGGUCGAUCCAAAUUUAUAUCCCGAACCCAAAGAGGCCACACACAAGAUACGAGGGAAAUCAGACAUUUUAGAAAUGCUCUUCGGUCCCGUAGAUCAAGAACUUCUAGUGGUCAAAAGUUUUUACUUUUUCUUCUAUUCCGCUUUUGGCUCCUUAUUUCCCCUCAUGGGUGUUUAUUUUAAGCAGAUGGGUAUGAAUGCCACUCAAAGUGGCUUUCUUAUAGGGUCCCGUCCUUUCGUGGAAUUUCUGGCGGCCCCAUUCUGGGGUAGUUUGGCCGACAGGUGGCAAAAGGGAAAGAUUCUAAUGCUAGCGUCUCUCGCCUCAUGGAUAAUUUUUACGGUUCCCUUAGGUUCUAUUCAACCGCCCGCUAUAUCUUGUAUGGAAUUUAAAAAUAACACUCCGAAAUUAACUACCCCAGAAGGCGUGAUGAGUAAAAGGUCCAUCGAUUUCGAAAAACAACCUCAAGCACUAAGUUACGAGUCCCUUACUUACGAUCGCAGCACCAGAUCACUAAAGCCUUACAUCAGUGCGGGAAAGUCUCCAGUAAACGUCAAUUUUGCCUCGAACUACAAAGAAGAUGAACACAAAUCGUGGGUCCAACCGAUCAUUUCUUCAAUAGUAUACCGUAUUCAGGAUAUUCAAAAGACCUUCUUUUUCCUCCUCCUUCUAGUGAUAAUUGGUGAAUUCUUCGCUGCACCUGCAAUCACCCUUGCAGAUUCGGCUGUCAUUACAAUUCUUGGUGAAGAUGCGGACACUUACGGGCACCAAAGAAUGUUUGGAUCUCUCGGAUGGGGCUUGGCGAUGUUUUUUGUGGGCAUUGCUUUAGAUCACUCUACAGCUUUCCCCAAUCAUCCCUGUGGUCCAGACAAAAAGGAAAAAAACUACACAAUAUGUUUCGCCACGUUUUCUGUGCUUAUGGGAGCGGCCUUGAUUACGGCGACCCAAAUCAAUUUUAAGUAUGAACAAAUUGAUUACGAUCAAACGGAAAACGUUGAAAAGCCCGCACCAGAGUAUAUCUCGAAGGAAGAUCAAAUGCAAGCCCAGCUUGCUGAACAAUUGAAUCUUCCUUCCUUAGCCGACACAAAAGCAUCUGAUUUGCCACCUGCCCCGAAAGAGCAAAAGACAAAAAUUUUUGCCCAGACUACACGAGAAAUCCCUGAAUGGGUUACAGUGUUGAAACACUUUCGAAAUGUGAAAUGCGCGUCAUUUUUGUUCGUCGCCUGGUUCAUGGGAUUUGGAAUCGGGUUGAUCUUUACGUUUCUAUUCUGGCAUCUUCAGGACUACGGCGGCUCACCAACACUUUUCGGAGUGGCAUCCGUUAUCAACCACAUUUCUGAAAUUUUCGCGUACUUUUUUAGUUUUAGAUUAAUAAGGCAAAUAGGCCACGUCAAAGUUCUGUGCCUGGGCUUAAUUGGGAACACCUUAAGGUUUUUGUACAUCUCAUGGUUGACAAACCCGUGGUGGGUGUUGCCGUUCGAGUUCAUGCAGGGAAUCACUCAUGCCGCAGUAUGGGCCGCAUGUUGUUCAUAUAUCGCCCAUAAUACUCCUCCGGAGUUGCGAUCUUCGUCACAAGGAGUGCUUCAAGGUAUCCAUCACGGGCUGGGUAGGGGCUGCGGUGCAGUUAUAGGCGGAAUUUUCGUUAGCUCGUUUGGUACCACCGCCACGUUCCGUGGAUAUGGCCUAAUAUGUCUUCUGAUAUUUGCUGCAUUUGUUUUUAUUAAUUUCUAUCGUGUAGACCAGGGUUUUGUAUCUGAACUACCGCUCACCGAAGAUCCCAGACAGGUGGCUGAGGAAACCUCUCACCUGGCCCCUCAUGGAGUUCCAAGUAAUCCAAUACCGAGAGCCCUUUCAAGUACCAAGCUGCACGAGUUAUCCCAGCAAGACGGAUACGGUUCUACGUAUCAAACAGGCCAGGGAGGGACUUUGGACGUGCCCGGUUCAGGCGGAUAUAAUCCUUUUGGAGGAAAUAAUAGCGGACAAAACUCUUUCGGCAGGAGGGAGUAAGAUUUUGCCGAUGACCUUCCCGAGAAAGUUGUUACCUAUUUACAAAAUCACCGGUAGUGGGUCAUACUUUGACUACCUACUACUAACGGAACAUAUCACUUCUAGAUUAUCAUGGUUCUAUAUUUUAUAUUUACUAAAUGAAUUUUAUUUUAGUUAACACUUUCAUCCACCAUAGGCGACUAUACAUAGAAUAUUGUAAGUAUGUGUAAAAAUUUGAGUAUGUAAAUUUAACUGUAAUUUUAAAUGUUGGAAACGUUGACUUGGAUAUUAGGUACUAAACGACUAUUAUUAGAUGAAGCCGAUUCAUUGAACCAGUGUUUCAUUUAAUUAAGAUAACUAUUCGGUAUUAAAUCACGAGUAAUUAUUGUUGAGUAAGUGCAUCCAAGUAUAUAUAAAUUCGUAUGGUGCAGGUAGAGUCGAGGAACUGCGACACAGUGUGUACGAGCUUUUUUAUUCUAGGAAAAACGUUUAAUAUAUUCUAUUAAAACUGUAGAUUAUUACUAAUUAGUUCUUAAGAGAAUUUUAAAAGUUCGUGUUGCAUAUUUUCGGAAGGAGUAAUUAGACAAUCUAAUUUUGUUUUGGUCAAAACUUAUUCAGGUUUCCUUAAGUUUAAAAACUAAUUCUGUUGUCUUUUAGAAUUAACUUAUGAAUCAUAUUUUGGCUGUUAUUACCUAUAUGUAGGUAUUUACGAGAAUAGUUAUAUUCUUAAUAGCACCGUAACACAUAUAGUAGUAUAGUUUUGAAUUUUGUUACGCCUCACAGCAAGUUUCCUCUUGGUUAAGCAUCUUGGUUGUACGCGUUCUCGUAAUACCUUUGUUACAUAUACUGCCUCCAAAAGCCUAAGUAUACUCGUAAACAUUUUUUUUCAUUGCACUUAACAAUCGUUAAUUAAAAAUAUAUUUAAAAAAUUGCAAGCUUACGAAAUAUGAUAAACGUUUACUUUGUUAAAGUUCUGAAAAAUAAGGAGAAUUUUAUUCUUUAUAGCGACCACUUUCGUCCGAAGGCCACGGGGCCUAACAAAAAUACAUUUAAUGUUUUUACUGACAUAUGUACAUGAUCAACCAUAUCUACACAAUGUUGUGAAGUAAUUUUCGGACCCAAAUUUAUAUCUAUUUAACGAAUAAAUCCUGCAUAUCGAAUCAACCGAUGAAACUUCUAAUUCUUUGACAUUAGAUUAAUUUCAGUCACCUUGCUGAAGAACUUUUUGAGGAACUUUUAAUAUAAUAAAUGAAUAACGAAAACAAUGUAUAUAUUAUUCCAGCCCAAAAAUUAUCUGCGUGGA